UUAAACCUACGGGAACUAAAUAAAUAUGUCCAUCCGCCACACUUCAAACUAGAAGAUUGGCGGAUGGUUAUCCGUCUUAUGUUGCCUGGAACCUAUAUGACUUCUCUCGACCUCGAGGAAGCUUAUUUUCUGGUUCUAAUUUUCGAGCAACAUAAGAAAUUCCUUCGAUUCCAAUGGCGUAACAAGACUUACCAAUUCACAGCCUUGCCUUUUGGUCUCUGUACGGCUCCUUUUAUUUUUACAAAGAUCAUGAGACCGAUAGUUACUUACCUUAGCGGAAGAGGUUUUCAAUCCAUUAUUUAUCUGGAUGACUUUCUCCUGUUGGGCUCAUCUUUCGAGGAAUGCCAAGCUAACGUUACUACUUCUGUUAAUUUUCUUCAGUCUCUGGGAUUCAUAAUUAAUUUUUCUAAAUCUAGUUUACAUCCGUCAAUUACAUGCAAAUACCUAGGUUUUAUUUUCAACUCAGUAGAACAAUCUAUUUCUAUCCCAUACCAACGCCGGAAUAAAUUAUUACAGUUAACUAGGAAUAUAAUUCGCAAAGAGAAAUGUUCUAUAAGAGAGUUUGCCAGCUUCAUUGGCUCACUCAUCUCUGUAUGUCCAGCAGUUCAAUAUGGUCUACUCUACACGAAGAACUUUGAGAGGGAAAAGGUCUUAGCUUUGAGUAAUUCUAAUGAAGAUUAUUCAGCAACUAUGACGAUUCCUCCUAACCUCCAAGCAGACUUAACAUGGUGGCUUAAAAUAUUUUCGAAUCCUAAUCAGACUAAUAAGAUUCGAUCUGGUAAAUUUGUUCGCGAAAUUUUCUCGGAUGCCUCUUUGAACGGUUGGGGCGCUUCUUGCGGAGACCUACGCACACAUGGUUGGUGGUCGACUAAUGACAAAAUUCUUCAUAUAAAUUUAUUAGAGCUUAAGGCGGCCUUCAAUGCCCUCCGCUGCUUUGCAGCGGACCUUCAUAAUUGCGACAUUCUACUCCGUAUCGAUAACACUACUGCUAUAGCAUACAUCAACAAAUUCGGAUCGAUACGAUACCCCCAUCUCACUGCAAUCUCGAGACAAAUUUGGCGUUGGUGUGAGGAUAGAGAUAUUUUCAUUUUUGCCUCUUAUAUUUCCUCGGUAGAGAAUUUAAUUGCCGAUACUGAAUCUCGUAUUGCGGACCCAGACACUGAGUGGUCACUGUCGGACGAGGCGUUUUGUCGUAUAACAAAACUUUUCGGGCCGUUUGAGAUAGACUUGUUCGCAUCUUUAAUCAAUAAGAAAUGCGACUUAUAUGUUUCUUGGUUUCCGGGUCCAGGAUCUAUCGCAAUAGAUGCGUUCACCUUGUCCUGGAGGGACAUAUAUUUUUACGCAUUUCCACCUUUCAUCUUAUUACCACGAGUAUUGAGAAAAAUAGUGGACGACGGAGCAGUGGGCAUUCUGGUGGUGCCCUGGAAAAGCCUGAAAGCGCACAUACGUAUCGACGCACUUCGCAUUCUGGUUCUUAUAAGCCGCUAG